AUGGGUUCUGAGACCAUUAGCCUUCCUACUAUAGAUUUCUCCAACCCUGGAUUGAAACCAGGCACUCCAGAGUGGGAUUUAGUGAAAGAUCAAGUGCGUAAAGCACUUGAAGAAUAUGGUUGCUUUGAAGCAUUGUUUGAUAAAAUCCCUCUUGAACUUCAAAAAUCACUUUUUAAUGCCUUAGAAGAGCUAUUCGACCUCCCUUUGCAGACAAAAGUCAGAAACUCAUCUAAGAAGCCUUUCCAUGGCUAUGUUGGACAGUAUCCCAUGGUGCCACUGUAUGAAAGCAUGGGUAUUGAUGAUGCAACCAUCUCUGAAAAAGUUGAGAACUUCACCGACCUCUUGUGGCCUGAGGGAAACUCAAAUUUUUGCAAGACUGUGCAUUCCUACUCGGAUCAGCUGUCAGACUUGGAUAAGAUUGUGAGAAGGAUGAUAUUGGAGAGCCUAGGCGUUGAAAAAUAUAUGGAUGAGCACAUGGAUUCAACAAAUUACCUUCUUAGAGUCAUGAAGUACAAAGGACCUCAAACAACUGAGACAAAGCUUGGACUAAAUGCUCAUACUGAUAAGAACAUAGUAACCAUUUUGUCUCAAAAUCAAGUACAAGGAUUGGAACUUCUCACAAAAGAUGGACAUUGGAUUGAUGUCAAACCUUCUCCAGGAUCCUUCAUUGUCAUGAUUGGAGAUUCCCUCCUCGCAUGGACAAAUGGCCGAUUGCACUCUCCCUAUCACCGAGUAAUGAUGACUGGAAACGAGGCCCGGUACUCAGCUGGUUUAUUUUCAAUCCCAAAGGCUGGCUACAUAAUAAAAGCUCCAGAAGAGCUCGUAGAUGAAGAGCACCCCUUGCUGUUCAAGCCAUUUGAUCAUGUUGAGUUCCUGUCAUUCUACUACACCGAGGCUGGACAAAGAGCUCAAUCUGCCCUCAAGACUUACUGUGGCGUCUAA